CUCCCACUUGUCCCUCUUGGGAUCUGUAGUCCGCCUCCCAAGUGGAUCUCGUUUCUUCGGGAAGCACUGCUGUGCAGCCCAGUCUCAUGCAUGUUUACUCAGAAGCCCAGGAGUGGCCUUACUUGAGAGCUGCUUCCUGCUUUGAAGUGCAUCGUGGCAACACCUGAGAGAGUCCCAGGAGUGUCCCAGUUUACGCCUCCAUUCCCUCUGUCUUCCACAGGCAGCGCAAUGGCCUCAGAGGCACCGUUUGGACCGUCUCAUCUUAGGGGUGGGAUGGAAAGAGGUUCCAGGCAGCUCCCUCAGCAUCUGGUGACCUUUGAGGAGGUGGCUGUGUUUUUCACGGAGGAGGAGUGGGCUUUGCUGGAUCCCGACCAAAGAGCUCUGCACAAGGAAGUCAUGGAGGAGAAUUAUGAGAUGGUGGCCUCUCUAGAAUCAGACCUCAGUUCCUGUUGGGAAGAAAGACAAGAUCCAUUUCUCCUGGUCCCUAAAGAAGGGGAGAUAUCAGAAGGUAAUGGGCAGAGGAGAGAGAAUUAUGAGGAGCCACCAGGAAAUGUGGAGCAUAAAGUAGGGAAAGAGACAUUUGUAAAUCAACUGUCACACCAAAAUCAUAUAGGCAGAAACGUGUCAAAUAAUGGGAAAAGGAAGUCUUCCACUACUCAGGACAUUGGUGUCCAUGUAGCCCUGAACUCACAGGAGGAAUGCACAGGAAAGAGCAGUGUGGAGUGUGAAAAGAGUUUCACUCAGAGUGGAAGCAUUAGUUUACAUCAAAGAACCCAAACGGGGGAGAAAGCGUUUCAAUGCACGGAAUGCGGAAAGAGCUUAAGCAGUGCUGGUAACCUUAUUAAGCAUAAAAAAACCCACACAGGGGAGAAACCAUUCAAAUGCACGGAGUGUGGAAAGUGCUUCAGCCAGAGCGGAAACCUUAUUGCCCACCAAAGAAUCCACACAGGGGAGAAACCAUUUAAAUGUAUGUUGUGUGGAAAGUGCUUCAGUCUCAAUCACCAUCUUACUUUACAUCAAAGAACCCACACUGGGGAGAAACCGCAUAAAUGCAUGGAGUGUGGAAAGAGCUUCUGUACAAGCAGUUUGCUUAUUGCACAUCAAAGAACCCAUACUGGGGAGAAACCAUUUAAAUGUAUGCUGUGUGGAAAGAGUUUCAGUCUCAAUCACCAUCUUACAAUACACCAAAGAGUGCACACUGGGGAGAAUCUGCAUAAAUGCAUGGAGUGUGGAAAGAGCUUCAGUUAUAAGAGUGCACUUACUUUACAUCAAAGAACCCACACUGGGGAGAAACCAUUUAAGUGUAUGGAGUGUGGAAACAGCUUCAGACAAAGAAGAACCCUUACUGCACAUCAAGGAACCCACACUGGAGAGAAACCCUAUGAAUGCAUGGAGUGUGGAAAGAGCUUCAGUUGUAGGAGUGCAAUUACUGUGCAUCAAAGAGCCCACACCGGGGAGAAACCAUUUAAAUGUAUGGCGUGUGGAAAGAGCUUCAGUCGGAAUGGAAGCCUUACUACACAUCAAAGAACCCACACCGGGGAGAAGCCGUUUGAAUGCAUGGAGUGUGGAAAGAGCUUCAGCCGGAGGACUGCACUAACGGUACAUCAAAGAGAGCACACUGGGGAGAAACCAUAUGAAUGCAUGGAAUGUGGAAAGAGCUGCAGUUGUAGGAGUGAACUUACUUUACACCAAAGAACCCACACGAGGGAGAAACCGUAUGAAUGCAUGGAGUGUGGAAAGAGUUUCAGUUGUGCGAGUGCACUUACAUUUCAUCACAGAACCCACACUGGGGAGAGACCAUUUAACUGCAUGGAGUGUGGAAAGAGCUUCAGAUAUAGUGGAAGUCUUACUGUACAUCAAAGAGCCCACACAAGGGGAAACCAUUAAAAUGUAGAGAGUGUGGAAAGAGUUCAGUGGGAGUGAAGACCUGACUGCAUCUGAGAACUCACACAGGGGAGAACACCUCUAAGUGAUUGGAAUAUAAAGAACAGCAGUAAAUGCAGCAAACUUGCUUAACACAGAAGAAUUUACAGAGGGAGAAACAAAUCGAGAUUCACUGAGUGUAAACAGCACUUCACUAGAAACUGAAGUAUUUACCACACAUGGAAGAACCAUAACAGGGAGUAAACUUGAGUGUAGAACAAGCAUCUUGUGGCACCUGAAAAUUCAUGAUGAUAGGUUUUGUUGCCUCUAAGAAAAAUAAGAAAUUCCUAGCACUGCUAUGCUAAUUGCCCACGAUGGUCUCCCCAUUCUGCCUAAUGUCUUGGCCAUCUGGCAUAUUAUUAUUAAUGCAGUAAGUGGAGAAAGAAAGGAGGCAAAGUUUAGGCACUUGGUCAGAGGUGUGGCGAAAGGCAUUGGUCUGCUGCUGUCGCCCUUUCUUUACGUGAAACUCUCAUGUCUCAGGUUUCACCCAUCAAGUAUUCAGAGUCCCCAAGUGGCUUAGAGUGCCUAGUUGGGAAAUGUGAUAUAGGUAACUGACUGUGACUUUUUAUUUAUUUAUUACGCCAGACUCUCCACAUAGGGAAAGAAUCACAGGCCAGUCCUUCCAAAGGGAUGGUGGUGCCAGACCUUAAAACCUGAGCUGCUGUAUUUUGUAAUCUGUUCAACCUGUUUUCUUGCUUUCCCCCUAUCUUUUAUUCUAAAUAAAGUUUCGCGAUCCAAA